AUGGCAGACGGGGAUCUCGAGCAACCUCCCGAAGCUUGGAUCCUACACCUGGAUGGCUCGGCCAGCUCAAAGGGCGCCAGCGCGGGGCUGGUUCUGCUCGCCCUCGACGGAUGCUCGUUCGAGCGCUCCCUCCGCUUCGGGUUUCAAGCCACUAACAACGAAGCGGAAUACGACGCACUCCUAGCAGGACUCAGGUUGGCCCUCAAGAUGCAGGUGGCUGCCAUACACGUCCUCACCGACUCGCAGCUUGUUGCCGAGCAGCUCAGCGACGGAUACGAAGCUCGAGACCCAACCAUGACGAAAUACCUAACACGGCGAGCCGACGUGCUAGCUAAGCUGGCGUCAAAGCCGACCCCCGAAGCAUGGCCGGAGGUCGAGGAGCUCCCUGUCCGCGCCAUCGAGGUAGCGACUACGGCCCCUGGCAGUGCGCCGAUCACAUGGGUACAAGAGCUGCUGCGCUUCAAGCGGGAUGGGACCCUUCCCCACGAUGAAGUUGCGGCUCGACGCCUGCGUCGUACACACGCAUGGUACACCGAGGUGAGUGGGCGGCUCUAUAGGCGGUCCUUCACCUACCCCCUCCUUCGAUGCUUGGAGCCCGACGAAGCCCGAACGGUCUUGGCCGAGAUCCACGAAGGAGUCUGCGGAGAACACGUCGGCGGGCGAACCUUGGCACACAAAAUACUCCGCCAAGGUUACUACUGGUUGACCAUGUGCCGGGACGCGAAAGCUUACGUACAGCGGUACGGUUCGUGCCAAGAACAUGCCUGCGCACCCCGGCAGCCUGCGGUCCCGCUCAACCCCAUCGAUUGCGCGUGGCCAUUCGCGCAGUGGGGUUUGGACCUGCUUGGACCUUUCCCACCGGCUUCGGGGCAGCGGAAGUACAUCAUCAUGCGAUUCGCCGGUAGAAGGUUCCGGGAGUUCUGUGCCAGUCACGGCAUCCAGCUAAGGUUCAGCUCGGUGGCCCACCCUCAGACGAACGAGCUGGCAGAGGUAACCAAUAGGUCAAUCUUGGACGGACUCAAAAGAAGAGUGUCCGUAGCCCGAUCGGCCUGGACGGACAAGCUCCCUAGCGUCCUAUGGUCACUGCACACCACUCCCAAGACCGCAACUGGAGAGUCCCCGUACAGCCUGACGUUCGGAACCGAAGCCGUCCUUCCGCCCGAGGUAGCCAUUGCCACCCUACGGACAGGAGGCUAUGACGAGGAAGUCUCGAACGAGGGACUUCGAGCCGCCCUCGACCUGCUGGAGGAGCAACGCGCCGAUGCACACUUAAAAGCCCUCUCUUAUAAAAGGGCCGUCGCAAGGGUCUACAACAGGAAGGUACGACCCCGACCAAUCAAGUUAAGCGACCUAGUCUUACGCAAGACCGAGGUAAGCGACCCGACCCAAGCAAGGGGGAAGCUGGCCCCCAAAUGGGAGGGACCUUAUCGGGUCAUCGAGGUAGUCCGAUCGGGUACAUAUAGGCUGGAGACGAUGGACGGUUCUUCUUUGCCAAGAACAUGGAACGUCCAGAACCUUAAGAAGUUUUUCGUCUAA